AUCAACAGCUCCCGUGCAAGUGAUCUGGAAUAUGUUUUCGUUAAUCCCAAGACGGUCUUCACUCGAUCUUUCCUGGACUAUCAUGGCAUGCUGCAGUUUCGUGGACAUAUCAGUGUCCAUGCUAUCAACUUUGCGCAAAAGGAAGUCAUGUGGAAAGACGACAAUGAGCAUGCUCGAUGGCAGCUGGAAUACUCUAUUGCGCAGUUGGAUCUCAAUGUCCUACAGGUCAGCGACAUCAUGAUGUGGUGCGACUUCUCGGACAAGGACACAGAGAACAGGUGUAUGUCCAUUUGCUUGGAGAAGCCGCUUGCCGACGACUUCGUGCAGGAAUAUCACAAGUGGUUCCAAUUCAAUGUGAUUACUGCCAAGGAGGCUAAGUCUAUGUACGAGAUCGUGAUCGAUGGCCAUGAAAAGGUUUCAUCCAGGUGUUCCACUGCAACUCCUGCCCAUGGCGGACGGCCGAGGAAGGAUGGCACAGUCAAAAAGCGCACAAAUGGAUGGUUUUUGGCUGUUCAUCCAGAGUCCGGACUCAUCGUUGGCGUGCAGGAGAUGAUCCACCCGGAGAACAAUGACCUGGCAGUUGGGAUGCUCCAAGAUGCGGCCGAACUUCUUCCUGCCUUGGAUUGCAUCAUCUAUGACCGCAUGUGCUGCGCUUUGCAGGCAGUGCGAAAGUCGGAUAUGCUCCAGGACGUUAAGUAUUUCUGCGUCGAUAAGUUCCACGCACAUGGUCAUGGUACAAAUUGUCCGUGCUCACCCUUGGUGCACAAGAAGUUGGACAAGAGAUUGCGAGAUGUGAAUACCUCUGUGGCUGAGCAGACCUUCGCUUCGUUUCGCAAUUAUGCCAGAACAUUUAAUGCCAUGUCGCCGCAAACGAGCUUCUUCUAUGUUCUGCUCUAUGUGCAGAAGCACAACGAGUUGAUCCGCAAGAACAGCGUGAGUCACCUCAGCCCCUUCGGCUCAGGUAUGCUUGCGGAGGCCAGCAGCCUGCACGGCGACGCGUCCAGCGUCCUCGAAGUAGGAAGCUCUAUGCGAUAA